CAAGCUGUUUGUCAGGUUGAGAUGCCUGACUGUUUGUGAUUUUGAAUGGAACUGUAGAAAACGUGGUUAAUGAAUUUAUAAACAAUUUUUUUAGAGUACAUAAAAAAGAAUAGUAAUAAUGGCUGAUAAAUUAGCCAGAGCCGAAAAGGCCAUAGAAACCAACCCUUUUGAUUUAGAAGCUUGGGGUCAAAUUCUGCGUGAGGCUCAGAUACGCAAGAUUGACGAUGCCCGAGUUUACUUUGAACGAUUGGUAGCGCAAUUCCCAACAUCAGGUCGUUAUUGGAAAAUGUAUAUAGAGCAAGAAAUGCGUGCAAGGAAUUACGACAAAGUCGAAAAGUUGUUUCAACGCUGCUUGAUCAAGGUUUUAAAUAUAGAACUCUGGAAACUCUAUGUGAACUAUGUUAAGGAAACUAAAAGUGCUUUACCCAACUACAGAGAAAAAAUUGCUCAGUGCUAUGAUUUCACUCUGGACAAAGUUGGAAUGGAUAUUCAAUCUUAUAGCAUUUGGAAUGACUACAUUCAUUUUCUCCGUAAUGUUGAAGCUGUGGGUUCUUAUGCUGAGAAUCAAAGGAUCACAGCUGUGAGAAAAGUCUACCAAAGAGGUGUGAUUACGCCUAUGCUCAAUAUUGAACAACUAUGGAAGGACUAUAUUGCAUAUGAAUUAGCCAUAAACCCCAUGAUUGCAGAAAAAAUGCAACAGGAACGCAGCCGUGACUAUAUGAAUGCCAGAAGAGUUGCCAAAGAGCUAGAAGCCUGCACACGCGGACUUAACAAAGCCAUGCCUUCAACUCCUCCAUCCAACCACCCGGAGCAAAUCAAACAAGUGGAACUGUGGAAGAAAUAUUUGACCUGGGAAAAAUCUAAUCCUCUCCGCACCGAAGACCAGUCGUUACUUACAAAGCGGACUAUGUUUGCUUUCGAACAGUGUCUUCUGUGUUUAGGACACCACCCUCAUGUUUGGUACGAAGCUGCCCUCUUUCUUCAAAUAAGCACCAAAACUUUGUCAGAUAAAGGGGAUGUGACGGCUGCCAAGAGCCUAGCUGAGGAAGUGUCCAAUAUUUAUGAGCGUUCGAUUAAUGGCCCUAUGUCCCAUAACAGCCUACUCUACUUCGCUUAUGCCGAUUACGAAGAGGGGCGAAUUAAGUAUGACAAAGCUCAUCAAAUUUAUACGAAAUACCUCGAGCAGCAUGACAUUGACCCAACCUUGGGCUACAUUCAGUACAUGCGAUUUGCGAGAAGAGCAGAAGGAAUCAAAUCUGCCCGGCUUGUGUUUAAGAGAUCACGUCAAGACCCCCGCUGUUCAAGCCAUGUUUUUGUGGCCGCUGCCUUGAUGGAAUAUUACUGUACCAAGGAUAAAAAUAUCGCCUUCAAGAUAUUUGAUCUAGGCCUCAAACGAUUUAAACAUCAGCCCGACUAUUUACUCGCCUAUGUUGAGUUCUUAACGCAGCUGAACGAAGAUAACAACACUCGAGUUCUUUUUGAACGGAUCCUAUCAUCUGGCUCGCUCUCUCCUGAAAAUUCAUUAGAAAUCUGGAACCGCUUCCUCGAGUUUGAGUCUUCUAUUGGCGAUCUUUCUAGUGUAGUGAAAGUAGAAAAAAGACGCAAUGCGGUCCUCGAUAAGCUCAAGGAAUUGGAAGGCAAAGAAACAGCCCUCCUGAUUGAUCGUUAUAGAUUUGGAACCCUCUUUCCCUGUUCAACUGCAGACCUAAGAGCGUUGGGCUACUAUGAAGUAGCAGAGCUUAGCAGCAGCCAAAGUGCUAAAAAUCUUCUUGCCAGAGAGGAGGAAAAUCGAAAACAAAACACUGAGGCAGCAGACGUUACAAUGUACAAGCCCGACUUUUCUCAAAUGGUACCUUUCAAACCCAAAAUUCAGUGGACACCAGGGGAACACAUCGCGCCGGGAGGAGGAUUUCCGUUACCACCUGCAGCUUCUCAGCUGUGCGGAAUGUUACCCCCUCCACAUUGCUUCCAUGGGCCUUUUGUUGUAGUCGAUCCAGUAAUGGAGCUAAUUAAGCAUUUGAAUAUAAGUGAAACAAGUUCUUUGCUCGCGAAUACUACAGACAACGCAAAAUUAUUUGACAUUGCUCGUAGCGUUCAUUGGCUUCCGAAAGAUGCGGGUGUUGAACGUCCCACAAAAAAGAGAGGAAUGGGAGAAGAAUCUGAAGAUGAGGAGCCGGUCGCCAUUAGUGGAUCUCAAGGUGGACCACCACCAAACGAUAUUUACCGGAAACGACAACAAAAGCGAGUCAAGUGAUGAAAGAAUUUACUUUGAUC